AUGGUUUCAUUCAACCGUCUUCACAUUUUACUUGCUAACUUAUGUAUUAUUGUCUUAUUCAUUCUAUACGUGCACACGCAAUUAUCGCCUCACACAAAUUCACGGCGACCUUCUGGAGAAUCGACGGAUUAUGAAUUGCAGCCGAUCGUUAUAUAUAAUCGAGUUCCGAAAACGGGCUCAACAACAUUUACUAAUGCCGUUGCCUAUGAUCUGUAUAAAGUGAAUGACUUCAACGUAAUGAGCCUCACUGAUCAAGGCGAGUUCAUUAGAAACAUAACAUCAUGGACAGAAAGAAAACCUGCUUUCUAUCAUGGGCAUGUUGCUUUCAUCGACUUUACAAGAUUUGGUUAUAAAAAUCCUAUUUAUAUCAACAUUGUUCGCGAACCACUUGAGCGACUACUCUCUCACUACUAUUUUCUCCGAUUUGGCGAUAACUAUCGUGUUGGAUUGAAAAGGAGUAGAGCAGGGAAUAACGAGACAUUUGAUGAUUGUGUAAUGAGAAGUGGUCACGAUUGCGAUAUGAAACAAAUGUGGCUGCAGAUUCCAUAUUUUUGCGGGCAUCAUCAUUUCUGCAACGUUGUUGGUAACAAGCUCGCUUUAGAGCAAGCGAAGAGAAAUUUGAUUAACAGAUAUCUGUUAGUGGGUGUAAGUGAGAAGAUGAGGGAUUUCAUAGCCGUGCUUGAACGUCUACUGCCUCGCUUUUUCAAAGGUGCUUUAACUCAUUUCGAUGGGCUUAGUGAAAAUCGUGCUCAUUUACGAAAUACCAAACAAAAGUUUCCUCCCAAUGAUUAUACAUUAUCGAUGAUAAGAAGGAAUGAAGUAUAUCAAAUGGAAAAAGAGUUCUACGAUUUUGCAAAAGAGGAAUUCACGGCUAUCUUCAAGUGA